AUGGACGGUCUAAAACGCGCAAGGAUAAAACGUGGCGCUCAACGUGCACAAGCAACUAAAAUUUGGAACGAAGCUGAACUACUCAUAAACGGUGAAACGAACGAAGUUAAUAUUGAGAAACUACGGGUCAUUCUGGCAACGUACGACGCGAAAAUCGAAUUACUUCGAAAGUUGGAUGAGACUGUAUCAGAUCUAAUCGAAGACGAAAAGGGCUUAGAGACGGAGAUCGUUGAAGCCGACGACUAUUUAACGGAACUAACUAAAAAGAGGUACACCAUAGAAUUCUUUAUCAAUCAAAGUACAAUCCAUAGUAAUUCGUUAGCUAGCCCUAUGGCUACCACAACACCACAAAACGGACACGGUUUUCCUACUCAAAGUACGCCGCCACAAUCGCAUAAUACAAAUAGUCAUAGAUUACCAAAGUUAGCACUGCCAGUAUUUAGCGGCAACAUGUUAAAAUGGCAAACCUUUUGGGACUCUUAUAAGGUCGCUAUACAUGAAAACUCCAGCCUAAGCGACAUACAAAAAAUUACAUAUCUCAAAGCUCAAGUGUCAGGUGAAGCCGCGCAAUCAAUCGAAGGUUUACCGCUUACAGAGUCAAACUAUGCGCAAUGUAUUGCAAUUUUGGAACAGAGAUUUGGUCAACCCCACAAGAUAACUAACGCACACAUGCAAGCCUUGUUAGAUCUACCAUGCCCUUCAAAUUCAGUGUCUACCUUGCGCCAAUUUUACGAUAGCAUGGAAAAUCAUAUUCGAGGUCUCGAGGCGUUAGGAAAGAAACAAGAUACCUACGGUGACCUUUUAAUCCCCAUUGUUUUGGGUAAACUUCCCACUACAAUCAAGCACAACUUAAUUCGAGAGAACGGUUCAACUAAAUGGUCAGUAGAACAAUUACGCAAAUCAAUUUUGAAAGAAAUUCAAAUACUAGAAGCUGGGGAAGAAACAGACUCUUUCAGUCAAAUUAGUCAAUUAGGCAAACCUAUCAACACCCUGCCAUCAACAUCGAGUCUACUGACAAACGCAUCCGGAAAGUUUGGAAACCAUGCCAACGCAAAAGAAUUUUACGCACCUAAAAAUCGCCCUACAAACAAGAGUUUAUGCAUUUUCUGUUCGGGCCAUCAUCGCCCUAAUGAGUGUACUGUAGUAAAGGAUCCCACAGCCCGUAAGAACAUUGUUUUCCAAGCGAAGUUAUGUUUUAACUGUUUGAACAAUCACCGCGUAUCUGAUUGUAACUCGAGAAAUCGCUGUCAAGGGUGUCACAAGAAACACCACACGAGUCUUUGUAAUGAAACAAACAAAGAUGCAACAAAAAAUACCGGGAAAAAUCAUCCGCCGAAUAACGACGCACCGAAAAUUACAACGCAAGUUCAAAACGCGAAAACCAAUCCACCCGUCGACAAAACCCCAGACCGUGUCCACACGUCUCUGUCAGUCAACGACUACUAUGGGAGACAGACACUCCUCAAAACUGCCAUUAAUACGAUAGCAACACAGAACAAAAUAGCGAGAGCACACAUUCUCUUUGAUGAAGGUGCUCAACGUUCCUUUAUCACUCAAAGUUUAGCUGACGAACUCGAACUUACGCCUGAAGGAAGUGAAACCUUAAAUCUAUCAGUCUUUGGCGGGUCUUCGACUUCUAUCAAACAAGUAGACAUGGCUACGAUUAAUCUCAACACCGAAGAUGGCGAAAAAAUUCCUUAACAGGUAUUGAUAAUUCCCACAAUCGCAGUUCCGCAGAAAAGUUUCCCCACCGCCGAAAUUCGAAACCUCCCACACCUCAACGGCUUGAAACUUGCACACCCUAUGACGACUGAUGAUCAUUUCCACAUAUCCCUCUUGAUUGGCGCGGACCACUACUGGGACGUUGUCGAAGACGAAAUCGUUAGGGGACCGGGCCCCACUGCAGCGAAAUCUAGAAUCGGCUACUUGCUUUCUGGACCAACAACUGGGCCAGCUGUUGCGACAACAUCACUCAGUGCAACCAUCUUGAAAGUCAUUGUUUCAAAGGAACACGAAAGCAAAGCUUUAGAACGAUUUUGGAAUCUAGAAUCUAUUGGGAUUCUUCCAGACGAAAUAACAACCCACGAAGACAAGUUUGUUAAGGAAUAUCAGGAUUCUUCAAUACGACUCGUGAAUGGCCGAUACUGUGCAAAGUUACCAUGGAAACCUAACCAUGACCCCUUCCCACCAACGAAGCAGUAGCGCGAGGAAGAACCCGUUCCACUGUAAGGAGAUUAGCCAAAGACCCCAAGACAUUGCAAACCUACAGUGAACUUAUUAACGAACAGUUAAAACGAGGUUUUAUUGAAAGAGUUACAAAUCCAGAAACAUCAAACGGUUAUUGCCACUACAUCACACAUCACGCUGUAUUAAAAGAUUCCCCUACGACACCUAUUCGUAUUGUGUACGACUGCAGUUGCAGCCCAAAUGCCGACCAAGCAAGCCUGAACUCAUGUCUAACCAACCACGACCACUGGCCAGAAUGGAAACCUAACAACGUUCUUCUGCAGUCCUGCCUCAACGAAGAUCAAGAAACGAGCAAAGUCACUGCCGAAGUCACCGACACAUCUACAAACGCCAGCAUAACCCAGAUUAUUCCGCCUACCAAAUUCAGUGACCUUCAACGACUACUGCGAACUACAGCAUGGGUACUUCGCUUCGUUAAUACCCUGCAAAAGGGCAACGCAUGUAAGGGAAAACCACUAAAGGUCCACAAAGUUGAAAACGCGAGAAAUGUUUGGAUACGGGAAAUCCAAAACGACGCCUACAGUAACGAACUUGCCAACAUACAAAAGCCGAAAACCUCUUGUCUACCCCUUGUACGUCAACUUCGCCUGUUUACUCUGGAAGACAACAUCAUUCGUUGUGGUGGCAGAAUUCACAAUGCACCAGUGGAACAUUCAGCAAAGUUUCCCAUACUCUUGCCCAAACCACCAUUUCACCUUGCUGGUUGUCAACGACGCACACGAGAAACUACAACACGCUGGAUUAAACCAAACCCUGACACAAAUACGCCAGAAGUAUUGGAUUCCAACAACUCGCCAGUACAUCAAGAAAAUACUUCGCAAAUGUGUAACGUGUCGAAAGGUCUUCGGAACACCAUACAAUGCCCCUGACCCACCUCCACUUCCAUUCUAUAGAAUGACUGACUCCCACCCAUUUACCGUCACCGGUGUAGACUUCACCGGGGCCAUCUACGUCAAAACGCCACGUGGACAAGAAAAGGUCUACAUCUGCUUGUUCACCUGUGCAAACACACGCGCAGUCCACCUUACCAAAAAUUAUGGUGUCAGACAAUGCAUCAACGUACCAAUCUGCCGCGGAAGAGUUGACCCUACUAUUCAAUUCAACAGAGUUGGAAACCAAUCUCAGUAAACGAGGAAUCCAGUGGAAAUUUAUCCCAAAACGAGCACCAUGGUACGGUGGUUUCUGGGAAAGAUUAAUUGGUCUGACAAAAAACUCCUUGAAAAAGGUUCUCGGAAAGGCGAAUGUCACUUUAGAAGAGCUCCAAACAAUUUCCUCAGAAACGGAAGCAAUUCUCAAUGACCGCCCGUUAACCCACGUAUCAUCAGAACUAGACGACACAGAACCAUUAACACCAUCCCAUCUACUGUAUGGCCGGAGAAUUACCACCUUACCCCACCCCCUUUACGAAGACGACGAGUUUCGUGAUCCUAUCUAUGAAUCCGAACCUAGUAACAUUGAUGUCCAAGCAAAAUUGAGAACACACCUAAUACAACACUUUUGGAAACGUUGGCGUCAAGAAUAUCUGACAAGCUUACGGGAAUUUCAUAAAACCACUGGAAACAAUUCAACCGAGAUACGUGUUGGUGAUG